AUGAAAGACCAACUACUGGUGCCUCUGCGGCGUCGGCCGUGGACAUGCCGAAAGUGCCUGCAACGCCUGCAGCUGCACCAGGCUCGUCGCUCCUUCGAGACGGCAGCAUCGCCAUUCCCUCGACAGUUAGAUUCUCUUCCGGCGGAUUACUCACGAACAAAAACCGUCGACGACGAUACCCUUCGCCGCGUGUUCGACUCCCAGCAGUUCUGGCGCGAGUUCUCGCAGCAGCGGUCGGCACAGCCCAAACCGACGGGAUUAGUGCAGAACCAAUAUCUGACGAGUCCGGAUGGCUUCCGGACGUUCGCCAACGUAUCGCUGCAGAAAUGCCAGGCGAUCGUGUCCAAGGUGCUGGCGGCCUCGACGCUACAAGAAUACCGGACGAUGGCGCGGGAUCUGGACCGGCUGAGCGACCUGCUGUGUCGUGUGAUCGAUCUUUCUGAUUUCAUCCGGGUGAUCCAUCCCGACCCGUGGGUGCAGGAGGCAGCGACGCAGGCGUACGCGCUCAUGUUCGAGUACAUGAACGUGCUCAACACGACGACGGGGCUCAACGACCAGCUGAAAAAGGCGGCGGCGAACCCCGAGGUGACGGCGCAUUGGUCGGAAGAGGAGAGGAUCGUGGCGCAGAUCUUGAUCAAGGACUUUUCCAACUCGGCGAUCUAUAUGCCGCCGCACGAGCGACAGCGGUUUGUGAAUCUCUCGAACGAUAUCAGCCAGCUGGGGUCGAGUUUCGUCAAUGGCGCCGAGCCGGCCAAGUCGCACGUCAGUGUUACUGCCAACAGUCUCCGGGGGUUGGAUCCGAUCCUGGUGCAGCAGAUCAAGCGGUGGAAUCGGACGGCCGCGGUCCCGACGACGGGGAUGAUCCCGCGGCUGGCGCUGCGGUCGGUGCAUGACGAGAACGUGCGCAGGGAGGUUUAUCUGGCCACGAGGACUUCGAGCAAGCGACAGCUCCACCGGCUGGAGGAGUUGCUCCUCAAACGAGCGGAGCUGGCGAAGCUGUCGGGCUAUGAGAGUUUCGCGCACAUGACCCUCAGCGACAAGAUGGCCAAGAGCCCCGAGGCGGUAUCCAAUUUUUUGACCUCCCUCGUGGGUAGCAAUCGGAAACUCGUCCGGGAGGAACUGUCGCAGCUGCAAGCCAUGAAAGGAUCCGCGCUGCAGCCCUGGGACCACGCAUAUUACGUCCACCAACGCGUGAUGCAGUAUUCGCAGGCGCGGCGGUCCCGAGAGCUGAGUGCAGUGCCCGAGUUUUUCUCGCUGGGGACGGUCAUGCAGGGUCUGUCGCGACUGUUCGACCGACUGUACGGAGUGCGGCUGGUGCCGCAGGAGGCCGCCCCGGGGGAGACGUGGAACCCGGACGUGCGCCGGCUGGACGUGGUGGACGAGGCGGACCGACACAUUGCCGUCAUCUACUGCGAUCUGUUCUCGCGACCCAACAAGCACCCGAACCCGGCGCACUUUACGUUGCGAUGCUCGCGCGAGAUCUCGGCGGAGGAAGUGGCCGAAUGCGCCUCGCUGGAUCAGUCCUCGCACCCGAAUGACGGGAUGGCGACGGCGGUGGACCCGACCACCCACACGCUCCGGCAGCUGCCGACGAUCGCGCUGGUGUGCGAUUUCCCGGAGCCCGGGGCGGCGAACGGCGGGGGUCGUCCGGCGCUGCUGAGCGAGCACAGCGUGCGCACGCUGUUCCACGAGAUGGGCCACGCGGUGCACUCGAUCCUGGGCCAGACCCGGCUGCAAUCGAUCUCGGGCACGCGGUGCGCCACGGACUUUGCCGAACUGCCGUCGGUGCUGAUGGAGCAUUUCGCGACGGCGCCGGCGGUGCUGGCGCUGUACGCACGGCACUGGCGGACGGACGAGCCGCUGUCGGACGGGAUGAUGCGGAGCAUGGAGCGCGACCGGACGGCGCACGGGUCGAUCUACGGGGCGGUCGAGAACGAGGCGCAGAUCCUGAUGGCGCUGGUGGACCAGGCGUACCACUCGCGGCCGGCGGACGGGGGCCGCAUCGACAGCACGGCGCUCUACCACCAGGUCGCGCAGCAGCACUCGAGCCUGCCGGAGCCGGCGGACACGACGCCGCCGACGUCCUGGCAAGGGUUCUUCGGGCAUCUCUACGGCUACGGGGCCACGUACUACAGCUACAUCUUCGACCGGGCGAUCGCCAACAAGCUCUGGGCGGACGUGUUCGGGGCGGGCGGCCACGCGGUCGACCGGGCGGCGGGCGAGCGGUACAAGAACGAGGUGCUGCGGUGGGGGGGCGGACGCAGCGGAUGGGAGUGUGUAGCGGGAGCCUUGGGCAGUGGGAAUGUAUCGAAUGCGGACGGACGGUUGGUGGAGGGAGGGGAUGAGGCGAUGCGGGAGGUGGGCCGAUGGGGAUUGGGAAGAGACGGUGUUUCUGGGUAG